AUGNUGAUGAGGCGCGCCCUUCGACUGGGCGUGACGCGGCUGUCGAGUGGCUUGCUGUUGGAUGGCACGCUGAACCCCCGCCGCCCGGACUGCUUAGUGGAAGGCACAGCCACACUCCCCGACGGCCGUGUCUACCGUGGUCGCUUUGACGAGCAGCACGGUUUUCCACUGCGCGGUAGCCAACUCGAGGACGACGGUGACCUCUACCGCGGCGAGUUUAACGCGCAGUGGCAGCGCCACGGCGAUGGUGAGGCGUGGCUCGCGGAUGGCACACACUACAAGGGGCGGUUUUGUGAAGAUGAGCUGGUAGAGGGCACUGUGCGUAUUCCGAACGGCACCACGGAGACGGUGUUUGAGGGGAUGCUGAAGGACGAGGCAUUUGUAAAGGGAAGGCUGACGCAGCAUGACUUCACGUACGAGGGCGAGUUCUGCGACAAUAAACCUCAUGGCCGUGGCAGGUUGGUGUUCGCCACCGGUGCAGAGCAAGAGGGCACUUUCUUCGCUGGCAAGUUGCAGGGCAGCAACUGUAAGAUGAAGCUGGACGGCGGGUUCGUGUACGUGGGCGAGUUUUUCGACGGUUGCAUUCGUCGUGGCCAGCUCUACACGCCGACGUACACAUACGACGGUGAAUUCAACGCACACGGCCGUGCACACGGCGAGGGCACGCAGACAUACCUGGCGAACGAGCCGCGCCUGUUCUUCACUGGCAUCUGGGAGAACGGUGCGCUGGUGCGCGGCACCUGCUUUGACGAGCACGGCGUCCCAGUGGACUGGCAGGACAACCAUGACCUGCAGGCGAAGGUGUUCAGCGAGGAGGGCGGCCACACUGCGGUGGCGAUGAACAGCUAUGGCAGCGCGAAGCUGCGGGAGGCGGACACGCUCUUCCGCGACAUGAACCGGAGCUACGCAAAGGACGCUGAGCGUGUCGAGGAGGAGACGGGGCGGUACCCGUCCAAGAUGGACCUCGGCUACGAGGGCGGACUGCAUCAGGAGAGUGCGUCGCUUGAGCGGGCGUCACGCAAGAGUGUGGAGGAGAUGCGGCGCCUGCGCGAUGACUUUGACGCUCGAAGUGAGGACACUAACCGUGUGUGCGCCAGCGCGAUGGGCGCCGCGCCGAUGGCGCUCAACCCGAACACGGCGAGGAUGCAUUACGCCAGGCAAGGGGGCGCACAGCAGCUGGCUGCCGAGCGCGUCGACGAGCAGUUUGAGCGCUUCAUGAAGACGUUUGACCGCGAGACGGACGGUAACGCGAGUCGCCGCAUUAUUGACGGCAACUCUCCGUGGAAGGCGUACACGCCGAAGGAGUGA